AUGAUGACCCGAAUCCGUGACCGCUCGUUCGGAGAAUCGGCCCUUCCUAUCCAAUUUGUUCUGCUCCUAAUUCGAUGUGAAAAAUCGUCAGUUGUCGUCGAUAGGAUGCAAGUGCAAGUUGGCAAUGCUUUCGUGCUCGCUGCCAGACCAUAUGAUCUGAGCGGAUUACAAGGCUGCAAAGAUGCGGUUAGAAGAUCGCGUGGAUUCUUCCAUCUGCGAACACCUCGUCAGUAUGGACCUCAAAGGAAUGAUGCUCAAGACUGUGGCCAAUCAGGUAUCUGGGAAGUUCGUGGGCAACGUGGAAAGCAAUCGAGUACACGGCAGAACUCGCCUAGCGACAUUCCUGAACCUUUUUUCAAUCGCAUACAAUAUCAUGGUGUUCUCAAAGGCGCUGGACCGAAUGACUCUCCAAAUUUGGUCCCGCUGAAGUUCUGGACAUCUAUUUUCGGAUAG